UAUUUACGUCGCCAUUUUUGUUGUUAUCUGGGGCUGGUACUGCAGGUUGAUGCGGAGGACAGGGAGAGAAGAAUGCAUGGGUCAGAUGUGUCCAGCCAUUGAAGCCAUACCCUUCUGAGCUCCAGGAUGGAUUCUGGAGUGCUGGGCUUAGACAGCCCUCCCACCCCAACUUUGGUUCUGGGACCAAAUUACUCCAUGGAUGUGGGCCAUGUGAAUAGCAAGGGCAGCCCCACUCGCGUUUUAGACUGCAAGCAAAGUUCACAGUCUACAACGUUUGAGACUUCAAACAGAUAUGUCCAGUCUUUCUUGUGUUAUGAAAUAUUUGCUGCAAUAGAGAUAGGUUCCCUGACAAGAGUUCGGAAUGUGCUUUUGUCAUAUCCUGAUCUUGAUUUCAACUUUCAUAUCAAGGAUGUUACCCCUUUAUCUCUUAGUUUAUACAGAAGAAGGUUUGAAAUAUUUCAACUGUUUCUGAGGCAUCAAGAUAAGAUGGGCAACUUGAAUUUAGAUAUGAUCAGCAAGGAUAGUCUUGGGCGUAUGGAACCACCAAUCAUCACAGCGUGCCGACUCCACUUUCUGGAAGGUGUGGUAACAUUAGUGACCAAAGGUGCGGACAUUGACAUGACAGACAAUCAAGGUCACACAGCUUUGUGGGUGGCAUCACGACAGCAGAUGCCGGAUUUAGUGGACUACCUUAUUAGUAAUGGUGCCAGUGUCAGUAAAAUGGACAAGUUUGGUUGCACUCCUCUUCUCACAGCCCUCAUGUAUCGUGUCAGCUCCAUGAUCAUAAGAACCCUAAUCAUCCACGGAAGUCCAUUGACAGCUCCAGUUCAAUGGUCGUCUGCAGAACAAUCUCCACUUUUCUGGGCAACAAAGAAUGGAAAUCUUGAAAUUGUGAAGCUAAUGCUCCAGGCAGGGGUUGGAAUUUGGGAGACCCGUGCUGUGAGAAUAGCUUUGUCCAAUAGUGAUGUUGACUCUGAGAUUCUCGAUCUGCUAGAUGCAGAAACACAGUGCCCUCCAUCACUUCAGCAUCAAUGCAAGACUGUUCUUAGGACAACCAUAAGGCAUGUGGGGCAGGGUAAAAAUUUUAUCAAAAGCAUGCAAUGCUUGCCUUUACCGUCCAGUAUCAUUCAAUAUCUUCUCCUUUUCAGAUGAUGGUAUGUUGUGCUUUCAUGAAAGUGCUCAUUUUAUAAGAUUGCAUGUGCUGUCUUUUGGUGUAAUUUUGAGAGAUAUAUAUAUAUAUAUAUAUAUAUAUAUAUAUAUAUAUAUUUGUGUGGAAAGUAUGAUACUCACUUUAUCCAUAAUAUCCAUAAAGAAUGAAGAAGAGAACAAUGUGUGUAAACUUAACUGCUUGUGAACUUGUGCUAGGAAAAGUUUUCACUGUCCUACAGUCAUCCAAAGUGAUCACCUGUAAGAUGCAGCAAAAUCUAAAAAUUUGUCCUAAUUUAGCUGUGCUAUCAUUCCGUAGUCUUCUAGUGUGUUAAGUUUGGUGGAUGAUAGUACCACCUGUUUGUUUUAUGUUUUUAUAAGUGUUUUCUUGUUUUGUUUUUUGUGUGUGACUUAUUGGAAGGUAGUGCCUGAUGGAACAUCUUUGCAGAGUAGAACAGUAACAGGAAACUUGAAAAGUUGGUUGACCAAGGGGAAAAUCAGACUGAGAAAAGCAGACAAGUUAAGCAACAAGGAAAGACCGUGAUAGUGAAAUCAGCCAAAGUCAUGUCAAGCCGUAUUUUGCUCACUCUACAUGAUAUAUUACAGUUACAGUACAUGCAAUGUUUUGCAGGACAAAAUUUUUUGUUUCCUCAGUUUCUGCCUUUUUCUGCUUUCUUUCUUGUUCCGUGUUGUGUCUUCUUUUGUUUAUAUGCGCCGUACAUGGUCAGUUUUACUCUAAAGGGGCUUCGUUUUAGAAGAAAAAAUUGUGAAAUUUACUAGGUAGGGCCUAUAUAUUUAAGAUAGUGCACUUUUUCUAUGAAAGUUAAAUGACUACUCUAGUAAGACGUUUGUCUUUUUGUUUUUCUUUUUAAAAAAAUUUUAUCAGGAAAGUUAAGUUGUGGUGUACAUAAAAGUUUGUAGAUACGUGGAACUGGACAUGGUUCUCAUCUGAUACUUGUAAAGAUGUUUCGCCUAAGUUUGGUGCAAUAUCUUAAACCAUGUAUCUGUAUUGGAAAAAAAAUGCAGCUACAUGAUUUUAGACUUACAUGGGCAAUCGUUCAUGUCAUGUGGGCCUCUAAAUCAUAAAACAAAAAGUGCUUUUGAUAUGAAUAGAUUAAAGUUUUUUUUUACUUUUGCAAUAUUUGAAUGUUGUGGUGAACUUAUGGUGCUUUGUGUGUGAAUUUUUUUUAAAAAUUGUUCAUUGUUUUGUGGGUUUUAUUUCGCAAAGUUGUUAAUGUUAUUGUUUAUUUUCCCUUUAAGACUGAUAGUAUUGGUGCUUCUGAAAUUAGGUGUAAUUUGAAAUAGCUAUUUGAUAUAUAUAUGUAUUAUGUUUUUUGUGGUAGAUCCUUUAAAAUAUGACAAUGUUGUGUGGAACAGCAUCGUCUGUUUCAUUUAAAGUAAUUCAUUUCAUUUAUCUGAUAAAUGCUUGCAAGUUUCACGUCAUAUUAUAAUUAUAUUGUCUUUUGAUAUUUGAUGUGGUGAAAGUGGUAGAAUCGUUUAUUUUGUAUGCGUGGAAGUCUUUUGUGUGGUCUUAGAAGUGAGUGUAAAAUCAUUUCAGUGAGAUUAUUAACCAACAAGAUACUGAAUGUUUAUAUGUAUUAGUGGGACUGUUCAGAAUCAGAGGUGAAUUAUGUAACUUUUUGUGAAUGAAGAUGUAUGCAGAACUAAGAGAGUUCGAGCUGUAUACCUUGUUUUUGUCCCUUUUGACAUGCAAAGAUAUUGCCUUUACAAAAUAGGAUGCACCAUGUUGUUCCUGCUUCAUUUUGAGUUGCAAGGUAAAGUUUUUCUUUUUUAAUAUAUUCUUUGCUUUCACAAAUUCAUAAUUAUGUUUGUAUUUCACCAAUCAGAAUCAAAGGGAAUAUUAUGGUUAAAGUGAAUUUGAGAGUUUUUCAAGCAACUUGCAUGCCCUAUUUGCUAGAGGUGUUCUAUGUCCAGUUCAAGAAACAAAUCCUUCUCCUAACAAAACCGAAUAAAUUAAUUCACACUGUCCUUUCAGACUUUUUCCCCCGAAAUAUACAUGUCUUUGGGAUAUGGUAUUUCAAUGCUCAAGUAUAGUGAGGUGUGAAAAAUUAAAAGGUAACCAGUGCUCCUUUCUUAAAAGUCUUUGUCGAUCUCUCUCUCUAUAUAUAUAUAUCUAGUGGCGCUAACCUUUGCAUUACUUUUUAAAAGAAACCACCUGCUCUCCCGUUCUCAAAAUGAGAGGUGAAAUUAGUAUUCUUGCAAACAUACAUACAAAGCCUGGUUUUCGUGAUUUUGAACUUCUGAAUUUUUAAAAUUGUAGAUUUUGAUUGCUGUGUAUAGUCUCCAACUCCACUUUUUAACGAUGAGUUCAGCAGAGGUUCGCAGCUGUAUGGAUAAAAGCAAACAUAAAUCUUUCAAGUGCACCAGACAUAUUGCUGAUACUUUUUGUCCUUACAUACACUUCUUUUAAAGGAAUUUAAUGUCCAAUUUAUUUCUUCUGUUGAGACUGAAUACAUUGCAACGAGGUGUUGUGUUCUUAAGUGAUCCAGCCACUUGCAGUUCCAAAUGCUUAUUGUAUACACUGUUCAAAGAAAUAAAUAGUAUAGUGAAAACUCCAUUUUGCGAGGGCAGCUUGCAAUAGAUUUACAAGCACAUUGUGCUUAAAAACAUUGCUGUCAGUUAAUAGUUUUUACUAGACUGAUUCAGUUUUGGGAAUGGUCUCAUGUUUAGAAAAUGGACUGCACUUGCAGGUGUUCUAAUCUCUUUUAUGUUUUUUUCUGCAGCAAUUUCUAUUUCAUAAUCAUUCAUUUUACACAUGGUACAGCAGGUGAAGAUUAGUCGUUUGUUUUUUUUAAAUUUGAAAAGAUAUUCUGAAUUCUAAUCUCUGACAGUUGAGAUAACAAAAAUGUUGCAAAAUCAGCACAUAUUGAGAGUUAGAAGAAACGAAAUUAUCACUGUGAUUUUCAGUAUAUCACUUUGUUUUGUUCUCAUUUUUACCACUCAAAAUGACAUUCAUUUUUUUUUAUACCCCAUAUAUGUUUUGACUUUUAAAACAUUUUGCAGAGAAAUAGAAUUGUUUGAAUGCCACACUGUUCAGCCUUAAUGGACAAACAACCCACAGUUUUUGCACCCCCCGAAUCGAGAAAUGUUUUAGUACAUUUCUUUCUUUAAGGGUUGUUUCAUUUAUUAAGUCAGAUAAGAAAAUGUGAAAGUUACUUGUACAGUCACAAGGUGCUGCUAACCUUUAUUUGACAUAGCCUAUCCAAACAUGUGGACGGACAUGCUUAUUAAACUUGGGGACCCCCCCCCCCCCCCC